CCUUAAUAUAAGUAUGAAUAAACAGUUUAGAGUUGUUUAUUACUUCAAUAUAAAUGAAUGUUUCUCUAGAAAGCUACCCUUAUUGACAAGUUACUUGAGAAUUGGUAUUUUUGGAAGUAAAAAUGUUUCCAUCAAAAAAAUCUCGCAUAAUUCCUAUAAAGCCCUCACGAGAACUAAAACCGAAAUCAAUCUCCGAAAAGACUAUUUUCAAUUCUUUAAAAUAUUUUAUGACUACGUUGCAAUUUUUAGGAAUUUUACCACAAUCAAAUACCAACAAAAGCAUCACCGAAAUGCAUUUUGAAUGGAUAAGUUGGAGGAUUUUGUACACAUUAAUUUUGAUUACAUGUUUAAUCUUUGCUGUUGGUUGCUGUUUUAUGCAUUGGGUAAUGCAUGGAAGUACUAUAUUACAAAUAGGAAACGGUGUAUUUUAUGGAGGCUCCCUCGUAACAAUGAUUUUGUACUUGCGUCUUGCAAUGCAAUGGUCGAAAUUAAUGAAAUCCUGGUGCAAUAUCGACAAACUAAUGCACAUAAAUUAUGGAUAUCCAAAAUGUUUGGAUAAAAGAAUAAAUAUUUUUACUUGUAUAUUUUUAUCACUCGGUUUAGCCGACUAUAUAUUGAGUGUAUGCAGCAGACUUGAGACUUUAUAUGCUCUAUAUGGUAAGAACACCACAGCUAAAAUUUACUAUAACGACACUUUUCCACAGUUUUUUGUAUAUAUUCCAUAUACUAUACCCUCAGGCAUAUUUUGUACGAUAAUGACCUUACAUUCAAGUUUAAGCUGGGCACUUAACGAUUUAUUUAUAAUUAUUACAAGUUGUGCCAUAGCCUUAAGAUUUCAACAAAUUUAUUGCAGAAUAUCUCUGAAAAUGCAAAAACAUAAAGGUAAUUGUGUAUUAUUUUGGAAAGAGAUUCGAGAAGACUAUGACAGACUAGCCAGUUUUUGUAAAGAAUUGGAUGAGCAUUUAUCGCCCAUUAUAUUGCUGUCAUUUUUUCUUAAUAUAUUUUUCUUACUGAUACAGCUUUAUCAUAGUUUAGAGAAAAUUGCUUUGAUUGUACGAAAAGUCUAUUUUAUUUUUUCUUUUGUCUAUUUAAUUUUUAAAACAUCCAUUGUCUCUCUGUAUGCCGCUUGGAUAAACGACGAAAGUAAAUCUCCGACUACUAUUCUUAACUCAGUUGAUUCAUCGUAUUACAAUGUUGAAAUUAGUCGCCUAUUGGUUCAAAUAAGUUUUGACAAAACUACAUUAACCGGUUGUAAAAUGUUUUCAGUAAAAAGAGGCAUUAUUUUAAGUGUUGCAAGUGCUAUCGUCACAUAUGAACUAGUUCUCAUUCAAUUUAGCCAGGCCAAUUUAUAUGAUAUUGAUUCAUAAUGCCUUAAUACUUGCUUGUCUAGAAACAAAUCGGUUAAGGGGAUCCUAUAAUAUACAUAAAAAAAGUGUUUGGUGUUUUUAUUUCAGUAAUACGUUCUUCGAAUUUUUAAAUAAGAUGUUUUGUUAUCUUGCUGCUUAUAAAAUUAAUAAUAAAAACUUUCAUUUAUUAA